AUGGCGGAUCCACGGGAGUUCUCUGACGAUGGCUCGGACGACUCUGGGUUUGAGGAGAGCGUGGGCUCAGCCGAACGCAACAAAGAACAGCACCUGCAGAAUGAUAAGUACGACUUGGCCCUGGAGGUGAGCGCAAGCGAAGCAGACGCACUUGGCGAUGGAAGUCCUGGGGAGGAGAAGGGUGAACGUGCAUCCGGCAGUGAUUCUCCAGAUGCAAGGAUCGGUGCGGCAGCAGAUCGCCUGGGCCUGGGGAGUAGCACCGAUGCUCCCUCCCGGGAGGCAGCCAGAGGAAGGGGAUCCAGUUCUGCACAAGAAACGGGCCAGGACGUGAAGAAUGACCAGUUUGACGCGGCCUACGAUCUUAGCAGCGCUGACGAAGAGUCAAGCGUGGAUACGAGGGAGGCGGCGGAUCUGGCUACGACGCAGAGACGCACGAUAGGUGCUCCGCCCGCCUCGGAGCGUCGACCCUCACUAACGGCUACACCGUCGCCCGUGCCAUCGGGGACAGUGGCAUCCGCGGUGGCUGGCCUAUCGUCGUCGACCAUGCACCCGGGCGGGGGUGGGAGCGAUGGGGGCAGCGACGACAGCGAAAGCGGGUCUGAAUCAUCAAGCAACGGAGACGAGCGAAGCAACCCUAUCAAGAUCGAAGGGGCGUAUGAUCCCGCGGACUACGCCCACCUCAAUGUGUCGGCGGAGAUCAAGGACCUCUUCCAGUACAUCGGGCGCUACAAGGCCCAUGAGGUGGACCUCGACACCUCCCUUCGAUGCUUCGUCCCUGACUUUAUCCCCGCUGUGGGAGACAUGGAUGCAUUCCUCAAAGUCCCUCGUCCGGACCAAAACCCGGACGAACUUGGUUUCAAGGUUCUGGACGAGCCAGCAGCGAACCAAAGCGACGCGACCGUGCUUGAGCUGCAGCUGAGGGCGAUUUCAAAGAAACAGUAUGGAGAUGUUGCCGUCAGAUCGAUCGAAAACGCCCACAAGAACCCUGCGGAGAUCGACAAGUGGAUUCAGAGCAUCAACGACUUGCAUCGCACCAAGCCACCGCCACAGGUGAACUACAAGAAGAACAUGCCGGACAUUGAGCUAUUGAUGGAGGCGUGGCCACCUGAAUUCGAGGAGAUUGUUGGCAACGUGAAUUUGCUGACACCAGAGCUAGAUAUGCCCCUGGAGGACUACGCACGCAUGGUGUGCGCGGUGAUGGAUAUCCCGGUGUACGACAACAUUAUCGAGAGCCUGCACAUUCUCUUCACAACCUUCAUGGAGUUCAAGAGCAACGCGCACUUUAUGCAACUGGGUGCUGCUGGCGGGGGUGCAUCGAAUUUCGACUAUAAAUAGAUUGGCUGAGCGUCCAAGGAAGAUUACCGCCGAGUCGA